AUGACGAAGAAAAUUAGCACGACGAUUCAAAUAAAGGUGAUCACACACGUAAAAAGUUACAAACAGAAAUGGCACUCGAACGCCAUUCGAUUAGACAAAACCCGCGGAACAUUUCAAGCGAUCGGUGUUGGAUCGUCAAACAAAAACUUAAUACUGUGUGAAGUGAUAGAUUGGGCAGAUGAUAUUUCCAACAUACUUCUAGAAAUUUUUAACUUCUAUUCCGGAGAAAAUCACUUGAAGAAAGAAUUUGAAAAGUGGGAAUUUGAAGAAAUAUCCUUGGAUCCGUUAAAAGUUGUAACAGAAGCCGCUCAGUAUAUCAGUCUGUGUUUCGGUUUUUUAUUUGAUUACAACAAUUUAGACCAGAUGUACGAUCCGUUAUUGGGCAGUUUGGAGAGUUUCAAAUCUCUAGCUGUCAACUACGCUUCGGCUAACAAUACACUAGGAAAGGAAUUCAGAAAUGAAGUAAAUGCUUAG